GCGGAGCGGGCAGGUCCCGGCGCUGUGGCCGCGGUGCUCGCCUCGCCGCUCCUUUCGGCCGUAGCGGGCUCAGGUGUGCCUUAGCUCCGGUCAUUGCCAUGAUCCGGCAGGAGCUCUCGACAUCCUACCAGGAGCUGAGUGAGGAGUUGGAUCAGGUGGUUGAGAACUCAGAGCAGGCGGACGAGCAGGAAAAGGAGACAGUCAAAGUCCAAGGUGCAGGAAUCUUACCGGCCCUGGACAGCGAGUCUGCCUCCAGCAGCAUCCGCUUCAGCAAGGCUUGCCUGAAGAACGUCUUCUCGGUCCUGCUCAUCUUCAUCUACCUGCUGCUCAUGGCCGUGGCCGUCUUCCUGGUCUAUCAAACCAUCACAGACUUCCGUGAGAAACUCAAGCACCCUGUCAUGUCGGUGUCUUACAAGGAGGUGGAUCGCUAUGAUGCCCCAGGUAUUGCCCUGUACCCCGGGCAGGCCCAGUUGCUCAGUUGUAAGCACCAUUACGAGGUCAUUCCACCUCUGAGGAGCCCUGGCCAGCCGGGAGACAUGGACUGCACCACCCAGAGGAUCAACUACACGGACCCUUUCUCCAAUCAGACCCUGAAAUCCGCCCUGAUCGUGCAGGGGCCCCGCGAAGUGAAGAAGCGUGAGCUGGUCUUCCUCCAGUUCCGCCUGAACAAGAGCAGCGAGGACUUCAGCGCCAUCGAUUACCUGCUCUUCUCUUCCUUCCAGGAGUUUCUGCAAAGCCCAGACAGGGUGGGCUUCAUGCAGGCCUGUGAGAGCGCCUAUUCCAGCUGGAAGUUCUCUGGGGGCUUCCGCACCUGGGUCAAGAUGUCCCUGGUGAAGACCAAGGAGGAGGAUGGACGGGAAGCAGUGGAGUUCCGGCAGGAGACGAGCGUGGUUAACUACAAUGACCAGAGGCCAGCUGCUGAAAAAAGUGCUCAGCUGUUUUUUGUGGUCUUUGAAUGGAAAGAUCCUUUCAUCCAGAAAGUCCAAGAUAUAAUCACUGCCAAUCCUUGGAACACAAUCGCUCUUCUCUGUGGGGCCUUCUUGGCAUUAUUUAAAGCAGCAGAGUUUGCCAAACUGAGUGUGAAAUGGAUGAUCAAAAUUAGGAGGAGAUACCUUAAAAAAAGAGGUCAGGCAACGAACCACAUAAGCUGAAGUUGCCUCGUGUGGUUCAUAGACCUGCCUACAUCAAUGGAAGUUCUCAUCACUUCCGCUUUGAUAAACCGAGCUACCAGCAAUCCUGUACUCACUUGAAGAAGCGGGCCUGCUGGGAGGAACAGCCUCUCCAACUGCAGCUUCUAACCUGGCCCAAAAAGAGGCUGUUAAGAGCCUAAUGGAACAGAUCCAGUGGAUGACGUAAAAGUUAUUUAAGUACUUAAAUUAUUAACAUUUUUUGACAUAUGACGUGUGAAUAGGGUUUGUGGAAGAUGGAAUUAGGUAUAUACCAAGUUUUCUGAAGAUGUGUGAAGCUGCCUUUCUUCUUACUUGGUUUGGUGUAUAGUUAAGCUCUAACAGGACAAUUAAGGGUCUACUUUUUACCUUAGGUUUUUUUUUCCUGAGGUUUUUAAAGUGGACAGAAGAGAGUGUGAUUCCCCCCCCCCCCCGCCAAAUCCUGACUAUCCAGAUGUGUAGGUCGUGCUUUGAAACCUAUGCACUGUACACAAAGGCAGAAGCCCUUAUGUCGCUGGCAUCAUCUGCCGUUUACAUUGUCUAGCCUCUGACAAGCUCAUUUGUUAAAUAUUAAAUGAGACUUUUUUAAAGUUACUAGAAACUAGUAAUUGUGGACUGACUAGCCAGCUACCUGUCUGGCUAGAAUAUUUGUCGAUACAAGUAUGAGAGUUGAGAAUGAUUAACACACAAAAGCACUAGGACAUGUGUACAUAGUAGGUGCCUACUCAGUGUAUGUUGAUGAUUUCAUUAACAAGUAAAUAAAAGUUAGGUUAAUACAAAAGGAAUCAGUGUGCAAGUCUGAAUAUCUGCUAAAUCAAUAGGCAGUGGUACGCUUCCAUUCUGUGACCUCCAGAUAAAAGGCAGCGUGAGCCUGGACUCCUCGUAUGACUGGAUCUGGACUCCGAGGGCCUUGCCUUUCUUCUGUGUUCUGUAGUAGCAUCACCCUUUCCUUCUACUUGCACUGCCCCCAGCUGUCAGUAAUCCUGGCUGGUGGUGGGUUAGUGUGAAGAGCUGGUAAGAACACCUGGACCUGGAUGGCGGAGAUAAGGCAGCUGCUUGAGAACAGGAGCCUCAAGAAACAUGCUGUUGGGCAAGUUUGCUGGAGAAGACAUUUUUCACCCACGUUUCACUUGAAUCCCUCUACUAAAGCGUUUGAGGCCAAUUCCCUGGAGCACCUCAUUGCUCCCUGUCACUCUCCUAAGGGUAACAGCAUGUCUGUGCAUCUCCCAUACCAACUGAAAGUUACUACUUGCUUUCCCACCCCUACAAGUCAUCACAUCACCACCAGGACCACUGUAUCGUCUGUGCUCUACAGUGACCCAGUCCUCUCAUGUUAACCUUCUCACGGAAGCCUCCUGCCGUCACUGUAGUAGUCAUGACCACUCUCUUACAAACAGGACUGAAGGGCUGGCCACGAGGUCAGUCUGGAGCCAUUUCCAGGUAGAAUCCACAUCCUCUGGCACCACAUCUCUCGCCACUAACCAGGCUGUAUCUUACUGUCUCUUAUCUCUUAUGUGUCAAAUGAAAACUUCAAAGUUCGAAUAAUCUCUCUCUAAAAAAACCAAAACUCAAAAUAUUUUAUAUGUUGUUUCAAUUACUUAAUUUCAAUUCUAAGGAAACACCUCUGAAUAACCUGGACCAAACUAUUCUGAAGGGCUAUAUGAACAUGUGAAAACAAACAUGGGCUUAUAGUUCUGCAAUUAUGUACAAUUUAAAGGGACAAAGGUGCUCCUUUAUGCAGAUAGUAAGAUGUAAUGAUUAUUUUUAGUCAUGUAAAAUAUACAUUUUUCAAAUAUAAGUUUCAUAUGAUCCUAAUCAUCUUUUCUUUCUUCCCAUUGCUUCCUCGGGCUCAAACUAGGUACCUAAUUUCUAUACUUGCCUGAAAAGUGCUGUUUAAAAGAAAGAAUACAUUGAGUUAGUUGUUGAUGGACUAGGAUGGCCUUGAGGAAGAGCUGUCCUUUCUCUACUUGCCACAAGAAAAGCAUGACUAGGAACUUAUGAUCAGAAUAGAUCAUCUUUUCCUCACAGCACAGGUAAUAUACUUAUUAGAAGUAAAUGGUAGCUAUUAUCCUCAAAUGACAGGUGGGCUCAGGUACAGUGAUUACUGCCCUCCCCCCUUAAGUUUCAAAUAAAUAUAUGAGAAGGAAGUAAUUUUUAGAUUAUUUUGUAGUAAUUUAUGAAGUUCUCAAAAAGAGGUAAUCACUAAGCCAAGUUCCUAAAUGCUGAUGUGUGCUGUCAUUUAUUCUCUAAAAUAUAUAUAUUAUUGCAAGGAACAAAAUAUUAAUAGUACUGAGCCAGAGGCAUAUCAUGUGAGUUCCCUCUUCCCAGAAGAGAACUAUGCUGACUUUAAAAUACCACCUUGUUAAGAUGUGCAGCUUAAAAACUAUACAAUUAUUGUGCAAAGAGCAGUUGAAGAGUUAACGCUCACUCUGGAAGCCCGUGUAGACAAAAACGAUUUUCAUAAAUAUAAGAAAUCGAAUUGUAUAAAAUAGUGUUUAAAAUUCAGCAUAAAUUGUAUUUCACAGUGCAGAUGCUACCAGACUGAUGAAGUCUAAGGCUCAGAAUAAGAUAAACAGGAUUUAUGAUCCACAUUAAAAUCAUAAUCUAACCAUUAGGGGAAGUUUACCUGGAAAUGACUUAAAAGUGUUUAGAGACUUUCAAAUUGUAAUGCUUAAUGUAACUGACUUCUUAAUUUUAACUUAGAGAAGAUACCUUAUUGAACUGAAUCACAUUCAACUAACCUAAAAUGGAUAGAUAACUGUACUUAAAAAUAUCAAAUACCUUUGUCUUUCAGCUUUGUAUGAGCUAGUAAGGUCAUCGAAAAGCUUGCCAUUCAUUUCCAUUAGAGUUUUCAGCACAUUGUAUACCAAUGCUACAAUGGUCCUAAAACGAAAAUAAGGUAGCGCUAGGUUAUUAAUGCUACUAACAGAUAAGAAAUGUAACACUAUCAUUUCUGAAAUGGGUUAAAUGCUGGCUGAUUCCCUUAAUCCAUUGUAGCGAUGAUAACUGAAGUGCAAGAGGUUUAGUGAACUUGCUCAAGCUCACACAGCCAGUCGCGGUAGAGAUGGUCUGUCUGAUUCCAAAACUCAUGUUCUUCCCACUGUAUCACGCUUAGAUUAAACUAACUAAAAACGUUAUGGUUAUCUUCAUUUCUGCUCUAGAGUCUGUUGUCUCAAACCCUGAGUAACAGCAUAAAAAGAAGAUGAAAAAGGAGGCUGGCCUGGUGGCCUAGGGGUUAAGUGCGCACGCUCCGCUUCGGUGGCACAGAGUUCACAGGUUCGGAUCCCGGGCGUGCACCAACGCACCGCUUGUCAAGCCAUGCUGUGGCAGUGCCCCAUACAAAGUAGAGGAAGAUGGGCACAGAUGUUAGCCCAGGGUCCGUCUUCCUUAGCAAAAAAGAUCCAACUACCAUAAUUUGUAAGAAGAAAAGUAGAAAGCAGGAUCAGGGAGAUUUGCAAUUUUAAAUUGAAAGUAACAACAUAAAGAUACAUACAU